AUGAUAGAAGUUGAUAGAAACGGCGAAGCUGAGGAAGUCUCUGCAAAAAAAGGUGUUCGUAAACAAAAAAAGUUAUUUGAAGGAAUACAGAAAGCAAAAGAUGAAUUUGCUUCAGAAUUCGGAUAUUUAUUUAUCGAGUUUAUUGAAAAUUACAAGAACACGACUGAACCAGGCUUUAAUCCAUAUCUUAAACAAUUAGAAAUUAUGGUGAAUGAAGAUAAACACGUAUUUUACGUAAAUUUUUAUGACAUUUUUAAUUGGGAAGAAACCAAUUCAUUAUGGCAAGCAAUCUUAUAUCAGUAUUAUAGAAUUGAACCAUACCUUCGUAAGGCAGUUGAAAUUCUUAUUAAUAAAUAUUUUCCAAAGGAAGACAAAACUUCAAAUAAUAAGAAUGAAAAUAAUUUUGACAUGGAUCAGGAUGACACCGAGAUCCUCGAUACAGUUGAUAAAAAAAGAAAAAAGAUGGAUAAUUUAGAUGAAGAUGAGUCAGCACGAGAGAGUUUAGAAAGAUCUUAUGCUCUUGAUUAUUUAGUAGCUUUUCAUAGUAUGCCAGCUAUACAACAUAUCAGAGAGAUAAAAACUGAAAGAAUUGGAUGUCUUAUGAGUAUCAGCGGCACUGUAACAAGAACUAGUGAAGUGCGACCGGAAUUACUUUUUGGAAAAUUUACUUGUCAAGAAUGUAAAAUUGACGUACCUAACGUGGAACAACAAUUUAGAUAUACUGAACCUCCCUUGUGCCAAACUCCCACUUGUAACAAUCGUACUGCGUGGGUUCUCGAUAGUGACCAUUCCGUUUUUACAGACUGGCAACGAAUUCGUAUACAAGAAAAUCCUAACGAAAUACCAACUGGAUGUAUGCCUCGAACUCUCGAAGUAAUCGUUCGGCAAGAAAUGGUCGAAAAAGCAAAACCCGGUAAUAAGUGUAUAUUCGUGGGUACUCCUCUUGUUAUCCCGGAUAUCAAUCAACUUGGUAUUCCAGGUGCUGGUGCGGAGGUAUCACGUGAUAAUCGUAGCAAUCGUACUGCUGAUGGUCUAGCUCGCGAAGGAGUUACCGGGUUAAAGGCUCUUGGUGCUAGGGAUUUAUCAUACAAAAUAUCCUUCAUGGCAUGUACUGUGCAUACUGAGAAUGAAAAGAUUGGUAAGACACUUGGAAGUUCAGAAUAUGAAAAUGUUGAAGAAGAUCAGAAAGCAUUCCUUUCGUUACUUACGGAAGACGAAAAGAACGAAUUAAUUGAGAUGAGCCGAGAUGAAAAUAUCUUUGAAAAAUUAGUGAAGAGCAUAUCUCCAUCAAUUUUUGGGCACGAAAUUGUAAAAAAGGGGAUUCUUCUUCAACUUUUGGGAGGUGUCCACAAAAUUACUCCAGAAGGAAUUAAAUUAAGGGGAGAUAUCAACGUGUGUAUUGUUGGAGAUCCUAGUACUAGUAAAAGUCAAUUUCUCAAAUAUGCCUGUGUGAUGAACCCUCGUUCGGUGUUCACGUCGGGUAAAUCCGCUUCUGCAGCCGGUUUAACUGCUGCUGUCGUUAAAGAUGAAGAAUCUGGUGAUUUUACCAUUGAAGCCGGUGCUUUGAUGUUGGCAGAUAAUGGAAUAUGCGCUAUAGAUGAAUUCGAUAAGAUGGACAUACCUGAUCAAGUUGCUAUUCAUGAAGCAAUGGAGCAGCAAACGAUUACUAUUGCAAAAGCUGGUAUCCAUGCAACUUUGAACGCUCGAACUUCUAUAUUGGCAGCCGCUAAUCCUAGAGAUGGACGUUACAAUAAGAAAUUAACGCUAAGAAGAAAUAUUUCUAUGUCAGCACCUAUAAUGUCUAGAUUUGAUUUAUUCUUUGUUGUACUUGAUGAAUGUAAACCGGAUGUAGACAAGAUGAUUGCGGAUUACAUAGUUGGAACCCAUCGACGCGGAGAUGAUAACAUAAAUCCAUAUUUUGAUACCGCCAAACUUCAAAGAUAUAUACGUUAUGCACGAACCUUCAAACCAAAGAUUACUUCAGAAGCCGCAAAAUUGUUUGCUGAGAAAUAUAGAGAUCUUCGGCAAGACGAUGCAACCGGUGCUGGUAGAAGUUCUUAUCGAAUUACAGUUCGUCAACUAGAAAGUAUGAUACGUUUAUCUGAGGCUAUUGCAAAAGCUCAUUGUAGUAAUGAGAUAAUACCGGACUACGUAAAUGAAGCGUGUAAUCUUUUACAGCAAUCUAUAAUUCACGUAUAUCAUGAUGAUUUAUUAUUAGAUGAUGACGAUGAAGCUCAGAACGAUGAUGUACGUCAGCAAAAUGAUGAUACAAUGGAAGUAGAUGACGAUGGUGGCUCGAAUUCAAAUCAAUCAACUUCACGACGUUCGAGGCGCUCGGAAAAUACAAUUUCGUACGAAGAUUUUACAAAGAUUCGAGAUAAGAUUAUAUCUAAAUUAAAAAUAGAAAGAUCGUGUGGCGAAGAUGAAUUAAUUCAAUGGUACUUGGAAGAACAUGAAAACGAUUUUGUAAGCGAAGAAUCAAUUGAAGCCGAAGAAACAAAAUUUAAGAAAGUAGUGAAACAAUUGAUCAAGGAUGCUUGGUUGUUACCAAUUGCUGACAAGUCAUUUGAAGAUGAUGAAAUUGGUCCUGAAGAAUCUGAUGAUCAACAAUACACUGAACCUGUUGACGAACAACCACCUACUGGACGAUCUGGUCAAAUGAUAUUGGCCAUACAUCCAAAUGUUGACCUAGAUAUGUUAGAUAAUGAAUAUGAUGGACAAUGUGGGAAACAACGAAGAAAGAAGGAAACCGAACAUUCAAAGUUAAAAAAGCCUAAAGAUGAUAUAGUAAGCAGGGAGGAAGAUGAUGAUGAUGUCAAUGAUGCCGAUGAAGCCGAUGAUGACGAUGAUGAUGAAGCCAAUGAUGCCGAUGAAGCCAAUGAUGAUGAUGAUGCCAAUGAUGAUGAUGAUGCCAAUGAUGAUGAUGAUGAGGAAGCCAACGAUGAUAAUGCAGCUGAUGAAGAAGCCAAUGAUAAAGAAGCUAAUGAUGAUGACAAUGCUGAUAUGGAUGAAUGA